AUGCUUAAAGCAUUUGCUUCAAGAGCUUUGAUCAAUAGCAACAUUUCCUCAAUAGGAAGUUUGCAAAUAAGUAGAACAAUAAAGACACAAAAUUUACCAAAAGAAUCAAAUGAAGAUUUUGAACUCAUUUAUAAAUUACCUUUUAUAAGACAUGCAACAGUACUUAAUAAAUUAAAAAUACUGCAAGGUAUAGUAACAAUGGUUAGUAUCCCUGGAUGUGCCAUAUUGCAACAAUUGAAUUUUGCUUCACUAGACCAUUUAUAUGUAAUUUCUUCAGUAGGAAUAACCGGUUGCAUCACUUUGUCUAUCGCUGGAGCCUUUGCAACAAAUUUAGUUGGAUUAAUUCAUUUAAAUGCCGAUAAAAGUAUAGUCAAAGUUGCAUAUCUAGAUUAUUGGGGUGAACGAAGAAAUAUUGAAAUACCUGUAACAGAUAUUGUACCAGGAUCUGAAAUUAAAUCAAACAGGAUAUUUAGUUACCUGAAGAGAUAUUCCACCAAUCAAAGUUUAAAACUUGUUAAAAAAACUGCUAUUUAUGAUGUGAAUGCCUUUGAAGAAAUUUUUGGUGUUAUAUAA